AUUUAAAAUAAGGAAGGGGUUUGGGGAUAGAGAUUUGUCCAUGAUUGUUCAUGCCAGCAAGUUUUUCUCAAGUAAAAAAAAAACUUAUAUAAGGUUAGCUAGAAUCAAUCGACAAAAUAGCAUGCGGAUGUUGUCGAGACUGAAAUGAAGAGAAAAAGGGAAAUGGAGGGAAAAUCGGAGAUAAGGUCCGCCAUUGAAGAACUGUCCAUGUUAGUCAAAGCUCAGCCUGCAACUGUAGGCGAUAUUAAUCUUGAUGCCGCUCCUAUCCCAACCAAGCCUUUUCUUCAUGUCUGUACUUUGAUUCUUCAAGUUCUUGACAAGAUAGGCCCAACUAUGGCUGUCCUUAGACAAGACAUUCACCAAAAUAUCCAGAGAUUGGAGAAUCUUUGCGAAUCUGAUCCCACAAAGUAUUUAAAUUUGAUUGAGAUGUUGAAAAAGGAAGAGAGUGAAGGCAAUGCAAGAAAGGGUAGCAGUUGCAGUAAAGCCCUUCUCUGGCUUACCAGGUCAAUGGAUUUUAUGGUAGCUUUGUUACAAAAACUGGUGAAGGAUCCUGGGCAGAACAUGGAACAAGCAGUUGAAGAAUCCUAUAAUAUUACUUUGAAGCCUAGGCAUGGAUGGAUUUCGUCGGCUGCUUUUAAGGUGGCACUAAAACUGGUACCAGAUAACAAAACAUUCAUUAGUCUCCUCAUGGCAAAAGAUCAAAAUUGCGACAACCUUAAAGAGGAAAUGCAGACAUUGAUUACAUUACUUGUGCCUUUUCUAGAACAGAUCCAUUCCGUCAUGAGGCUUUACCGGUUGGAUAGGUUGAAAUCUAGCUGAGGAGAAGAAAAAUGGCAAGUGAGGCAUAUGGAGUUUGGUUUUAUUUUGCUGGGGAAAAUAUAAUUAAUCUGUAAAUAGCCUUGUAAAUUGUAAGCAAAAAUUCUUCUUUUAACAGCUACUUUAGUUUUCUAACGUGUUUAGACAUGUAAUAUAAUAUACAGAGGAUCAUAUGAUAUAUAUAUAUAUAUAUAUAUAAUAUUGUUAUUUAAUUUGAA